UCUCAUUUAUCUGCGCCAGGUUGGCGGGUAGUUAACACAAUGGACAGGGAGGAGUGUGGAUUUGCACAAGGGGGUACACUUGAGUAGGAGUGCAGGGUUAGACCCAGUGCCGGCCUGGACCGUGGUUGGCAGAGAGAGAUCUAAAGCCGGUCAGACAGACAGACAGACAGACAGACAGGUGCACAGUCCAAGUGUCAGACAGAAGGCAGGGCAGACGUUUAGCAGGGUGUUACCAGUCUGUGCAGUGUGCAAAAAGAACAGGGAAUCAGGCAAAGAAACAUCUCUGUGCUUGUAGUCUGGGAAUCUCUCUUCUGCAUCCACUUCUGUGGCAAAAUAAAUAAAUAAUUCAAUCAAUAAAAAGUGGAGAGGGAGGGGCAGAUUAACAGAGAUAGAGAGCAGGUGUCAGAAACCCUCCCCUUCAUCUGCUUGUCAUUUAGACCUUUAUGUUGUGUUGUCGUUCUUUUAUUUAUUUAUUCAUUUAAUUUUAUAUUGACAUUCCUUGUAGGGCCAGUGUGGUUCCGAGGAAAACAAGAGGAAGCCUGUAGAGGAAAAGAAAUAAGGAAGGAAGGAGGAGCCUGUUUCUGAUUCACUCAUUUUUUUCAACUCUUUCUUCUUCUUUUUUUUAAUAAGACAGAGUUGUGUUAUUUCUGCUGCUUUUUUUGAAAAGUAAGACAUAAAAAGAGGAAAGCAGCCGUCCAAUCAAUCCCUCAUUUUCUUUGCACAGAGUAUUGAGCCUCUUUUGUCAAUACUUGAUUUUUCUUGCCUCCUUUUAAAGGAUUAUUUUGUGUAUGUGAGUGUAGACACCGGAUCCUCCACAUGCCGUCUGUUUGUCCUCACCUUUAAUGACGCUCUGACUCCCCCAAGGCCUCUCCCCCGUCUAAACCCUCUGGUCUCUGAUCUCAAUGCCCAUGUUGACUCACUACUACAUGACACGCCGCAGAGCUUCUGAUACUGCCUGAUUCAUUCUGUGGUGGUACAGGAAGCCAGCAGACCAUUCUCCAUGAGGAGAAGUAGAAGAUGCCGGCUCUGCCAGCACUGCUGCUGUCAAUACAUUUCCUCUCCUUCCUGUUAGUCACCAUGACGCCGCUCUCCUUCAGUCAGCAGGCUCCUCUGCUCUCUUCUGUCCGCAUGGCGGCAAUCCUGGAUGACCAGUCUGUGUGUGGGCGUGGGGAGCGACUGGCGCUGGCUCUGGCUAGAGAAAACAUCAACAGUGUGAUGGAGGGUCCUGCCCGCGCCCGUGUGGAGGUGGACAUAUACGAGCUGCAAAAAGACUCUCAGUACGACACUACUGACACCAUGUGUCAGAUUCUACCCAAAGGCGUUGUCUCUGUGAUUGGUCCCACCUCCAGCCCCGCCUCUGGCUCUACUGUCAGUCAUAUAUGUGGAGAGAAGGAGAUCCCUCAUGUGAAGAUAGGUCCGGAGGAGACUCCCCGCUUGCCGUACCUACGCUUUGCCUCUGUAACUUUGUACCCCAGCAAUGAGGACCUGAGCUUGGCCAUAGCAGCCAUCCUGCGCUCAUUUGGUUAUCCCUCAGCCAGCCUGGUCUGCGCCAAGGCUGAAUGCCUGCUGAGAUUAGAGGAACUGGUGCGUCGCUUCCUCAUCUCCCGGGAGACGCUGUCGGUCAGGAUGCUGGACGACAACCUGGACCCAACGCCACUGCUGAAGGAGAUCCGUGACGACAAAGUAGCCACCAUUAUCAUUGACGCCAAUGCUUCUGUCUCCUAUCUCAUCCUCAAGAAGGCAUCAGAGCUCGGGAUGACAUCAGCGUUUUACAAGUACAUCCUCACCACAAUGGACUUCCCGCUUUUGAAGCUGGAGGACAUCGUGGAUGAGCAAUCCAAUAUUGUGGGUUUUUCCAUGUUUAACACCACCCAUCCCUUCUAUUUGGAGUUCAUCAGGAGCCUCAACCUCUCUUGGAGGGAGGGCUGUGACCUCACCUACCCCGGCCCUGCACUCUCGUCAGCGCUGAUGUUUGACGCGGUGCAUGUGGUGGUGGGAGCGGUGAGGGAACUAAACCGCAGUCAGGAAAUCGGAGUGAAACCACUCAGCUGCACCUCACCUCAGAUCUGGCAACACGGGACCAGCCUUAUGAACUACCUGCGCAUGGUGGAGUACGAUGGUUUGACAGGACGAGUGGAGUUCAACAGUAAAGGUCAGAGAACCAACUACACCCUGAGGAUCCUGGAGAAACACAGAGGAGGACACAAAGAGAUUGGCAUCUGGUACUCCAACGACACUCUUGCAAUGAACUCAACGAGUCUGGAUAUUAAUGUCUCAGAGACGCUUGCGAACAAGACCCUCAUUGUCACCACCAUACUGGAGAAUCCUUAUGUGAUGCGGAAGGAUAACUACCAGGAUUUCCAGGGCAACAGUCAGUAUGAGGGUUUCUGUGUUGACAUGUUGAGGGAGCUGGAAGACAUCUUGAAAUUCUCCUUCAAGAUCAAAUUAGUGGAUGACGGGCUGUACGGUGCUCCAGAGCCCAAUGGUUCUUGGACUGGCAUGGUGGGAGAGCUAAUCAACAGGAAAGCAGACCUGGCCGUGGCAGCCUUCACCAUCACGUCAGAGCGAGAGAAAGUUAUCGACUUCUCCAAGCCUUUCAUGACCCUGGGGAUCAGCAUCUUGUACAGAGUUCACCUGGCGAGGAAGCCAGGUUACUUCUCCUUUCUAGAUCCCUUCUCCCCAGCUGUCUGGCUCUUCAUGCUGCUCGCCUACCUGGCUGUCAGCUGUGUGCUCUUCCUGGCUGCAAGGCUGAGUCCCUACGAGUGGUAUAAUCCUAAUCCAUGUCUGCGAGAGCGCAGGGAUAUGUUGGAGAACCAGUACACCCUGGGAAACAGCCUGUGGUUCCCUGUGGGAGGCUUCAUGCAGCAGGGAUCAGAGAUAAUGCCCAGAGCACUGUCUACCAGAUGUGUUAGCGGGGUGUGGUGGGCAUUCACCCUGAUCAUCAUCUCCUCCUACACUGCCAAUCUGGCAGCCUUCCUCACCGUCCAGAGGAUGGAAGUUCCAAUUGAGUCCCCAGAUGACCUGGCUGACCAGACAAACAUAGAGUAUGGCACCAUCCAUGGAGGGAGCACCAUGACCUUCUUCAUGAAUUCGCGCUACCAAACAUACCAGCGAAUGUGGAACUACAUGAACUCCAAGCAGCCAAGCGUAUUUGUGAAAAGCACAGAGGAGGGCAUCGCCCGCGUAUUAAACUCCAAGUAUGCCUUCCUGAUGGAGAGCACCAUGAACGAGUAUCACCGCGGCCUCAACUGCAACCUCACGCAGAUAGGAGGCCUGCUCGACACCAAAGGCUACGGCAUCGGCAUGCCGCUUGGGUCUCCUUUCAGAGAUGAGCUCACACUGGCCAUCCUCCAGCUGCAGGAGAAUAACAGGCUGGAGAUCCUAAAGCGGCGGUGGUGGGAGGGAAGUCAAUGUCCAAAAGAGGAAGACCACCGUGCCAAGGGUCUUGGCAUGGAGAACAUUGGGGGCAUCUUUGUCGUGCUGAUCUGUGGCCUCAUCAUCGCUGUGUUUGUGGCCAUUAUGGAGUUUGUGUGGUCCACACGCCGCUCAGCAGAGACUGAUGAGGUAUGCCCCCAUACCUGCCCUCGCCGACCCCACAGACACACCCCAGUGUCUGUCUGUCAGGAGAUGAUCACAGAGUUCCGAAACGCCAUCUCCUGUAAGAAAAGCUCCCGCUUGCGCCGUCGUCGGGCCCUCAGCAGUUCAGCGGCCCUGCGCCACCCAACUCGCAUAGCUCUGGGGGCCCCCCGGCCCCUUCGCCUCGUCCGUGAAAUGCGCCUCAGCAAUGGCAAACUGUACAGUGGUGCUGGUCCACUGACAGGGGGAGCCGGAGCAGGAGGGGCAGGCUCAUCAGAUCUCGGUCCCGGGCCCCAGCGACUCCUAGAUGAUCCCUUGGAAGCCAACACAACCCCUCCUCCCCCAGCCCCAACACCUGUGAUGAUGCCAGCCCGCAGCUGUGCCCACGUGAGGAUUUGCCAGGAGUGCCGGAGGAUCCAGAGCCUGAGAGCAGGCAGCAGUAUAGGAUCGACCUCAACAAGAAUACCGCCUUCAGCGGCACCGCUGCCACGGCUGCCCCCACCUCCAACAGCAUCUUCUUCUAACACUGACAGUGAUGGUGGAGGGGGGCUCAGCCCCAGACGAUUACACCACAGCUCUCCACCUCAUACCUCACGGCCCAUACCACCUCCACAAAACAGUAACACCACAGACUUGGUGGGUGAGCAGGACUGAGAGUAGAGACACUGAGGGGUGUGGGAGGGCUGAAGUGGACCAGCAUUGAGACAUAUGUUGGACAAAUUGCGAGUUUUGAUAAGUGAUGUUCACAAGAUGGACAUGCUAACAUUUUCAGAGGACAGACAGGAGGAUUGGAGACGAAGGG